CGCUCGCUGACAGCGAGGCUUCUCCAGGAGGGAAGCGGGUCCGUUGGUCGGUCUGGAACGAGGCUGGCGCAGCUUGGCCCGCGCCUAGCCGUUGCCAUGGCAGCCACCGGCGGGGGCGCGGAUGACGAGUCCCGAUCCGGCCGCUCGAGCUCCGAUGGCGAGUGCGCUGUGGCGCCGGAGCCGCUGGCGGAAGCCGGAGGCCUGUUCUCCUUCGCAGACCUAGGCGCUGCGCUGGGCGGCGGCGCAGGCCUCCCGGGCCGGGCAGCCGGCAGGGCCCAGUCCCCGUUGCGCUACCUCCAGGUCCUGUGGCAGCAGGACCCCGAGCCCCGCGACGAACUGCGCUGCAAGAUCCCCGCCGGGCGGCUGAGGCGCGCCGCCAGGCCCCACCGCCGGCUCGGACCCACGGGCAAGGAGGUGCACGCUCUGAAGAGGCUGAGGGACUCGGCCAAUGCCAAUGACGUAGAAACAGUGCAGCAGCUGCUGGAAGAUGGCACAGACCCCUGCGCCGCUGACGACAAGGGACGCACGGCCCUCCAUUUUGCCUCCUGCAAUGGCAAUGACCAGAUUGUACAGCUCCUCCUGGACCAUGGGGCUGACCCCAACCAACAGGACGGCUUGGGCAACACACCACUGCACCUGGCGGCGUGCACCAACCAUGUGCCUGUCAUCACCACACUGCUUCGAGGAGGGGCCCGUGUGGAUGCCCUGGAUAGAGCUGGCCGCACACCCCUACACCUGGCCAAGUCAAAGCUGAACAUCCUACAGGAGGGCCAUUCCCAGUGCCUGGAGGCCGUCCGGCUGGAGGUGAAGCAGAUCAUCCACAUGCUCCGGGAGUACCUGGAGCGCCUGGGACGGCAUGAACAGCGGGAACGGCUGGAUGACCUCUGUACCCGUCUCCAGAUGACAAGUACCAAAGAGCAGGUGGAUGAAGUGACGGACCUCUUGGCCAGCUUCACCUCCCUCAGUCUGCAGAUGCAGAGCAUGGAGAAGAGGUAGCAAGGAAGACUCCGCUCUCGGUGCAGGGAAAGCUCAGGGGACUCUGGAGUUCCACCUUGCCCUUGACCUUAGAUGCUGAAGGCAGAGCUGCUUCCAGACAGUCUGCAUCAUCUCUCUGGCCAGGACCACAGCCCCGGCUCCUGCUGCAUAAUGCCAGCCUCUGUAGCCACACUCCAGGCCCACGUGUGCUGUCCUAGCCGACACCACUCAUCCUGUGGCCUCCCCAUGUCCUCAGCAAGCCCCAGAGCCCUCUUUCUUCCUGGCCAUGGACUUAUUACCAUCAUCUGGCUCUGGGUAGGCAUGCUGAGGCCGCCCUGGCUGCUGUGGGUCUCUAAGCCGGCCCUGCCCCUCACACCAGCACUUAAGUUUAGCCCUGCACCUGACUUUCAAGGACACACCGCACUGCAUGGGUGUCUCUGAGCAGAGGAGGGACAUUGCUGAUGCCCAGGCCUUCAUAAGGUUAGGAGGGACCCUGUUUAGCCCAAAGAAAGAUCUCCAGUUCCUUCCCUCCUAGUCACUGAAACACUACGGACGGCAAUCCGUUUUGCAGCCAAGUUGUCAGAGACAGAGAGUGAUUCCUGUGCCCAGGUCCUCAUCCCAGGAACCUCGAGGCCUUGGGUGGCGUGGCAGGCGUCUGCACAGACAUAUAACUAGAGGUCUCUAGAGGAGAGAGGAUCCUGGACCAUCUAGGUGGCCGGGGCGCCAUCCCGGGUACCCUGGGGGAGAGAAGGUGGGAGAUGACUGCUGCCCCAUAGAUGAGAGAGGAAGUAGAGGAAGAAACCAGGAGCCAGGGAAGGACUGCAGACGGAUCGUCCUCUGAGCCUCCCGCAGGGACUGGCUCUGCUGACGACUGGACUUGAGCUCAGAGGGACAUGUUUAGAUUCUAGCCUCCAGAAUUGUGAGAAUAAAUCUGCUGUUUAAGCUG